GGGAGACCGGAUAUAGUGAGUGCGGGGUCCGGGGAGAGCGGAUAUAGUGAAUGCGGGGUCCGGGGAGAGCGGAUAUAGUGAAUGCGGGGUCCGGGGGAGAGCGGAUAUAGUGAAUGCAGGGGUCCGGGGAGAGCAGGAUAUAGUGAAUGCAGGGUCCGGGGGAGAGUGGAUAUAGUGAAUGCGGGGUCCGGGGGAGAGCGGAUAUAGUGAAUGCAGGGUCCGGGGAGAGAGCGGAUAUAGUGAAUGCGGGGUCUGGGGAGAGCGGAUAUAGUGAAUGCGGGGUCCGGGAGAGCGGAUAUAGUGAAUGCGGGGUCCGGGGAGAGCGGAUAUAGUGAAUGCAGGGUCUGGGGAGAGCGGAUAUAGUGAAUGCGGGGUCUGGGGAGAGCGGAUAUAGUGAAUGCGGGGUCCGGGGAGAGCGGAUAUAGUGAAUGCGGGGUGCGGGGAGA